UCGAGCAAGUGGGUGCGGGGCUGGGUACCUGAAGUGGGGAGACGGUGAGGGAUGUGAACACUUCAGCGGUGGAGCUUGGCAACGGGUUGUGUUCGUGCAAUGUCCUCAGAACUUGUCGGCUUCUGUAACAUAUAUAAAGUUUGCUGAACAGGGUCACAGUUCUUGCAUUGCACUUUCAACUUUUGGGCUUCUGUAUCAUAUAUAAAGUUUGCUCUAAAGUCUAUUAUUGGAGAUUUCAGUUCAGACAGGGUCUUGUAUUUGGUAGUUGUGUCAGUGAUAAAUGAAGGGUUUGUGAUACCUGCAGUUUCACAGCUUGGUUAUGUUUCUCACAAUGUUGCAUCCAGUGAGUAGAAAAGUUGGUAGUGAGUCUUUCUGCAAAUCAAUAAGAAUUGGAGUAAAUGUUUUUGUGCAGGACUUGUGUAGAAAGAUUACCACCUCUUCAUGCAAGCGGACAGUAAUGCCAGCCUGGGUGAUAGAUAAAUAUGGAAAUAACAGUAUGCUGCGUUUGACAAAAAAUUUUCUCUUUCCAAUUAUACACUAUCCCAAUGAAGUGAUAAUAAAAGUUCAUGCUUGCAGCUUAAAUCCUAUUGACGUUUCCAUGAGAAAUGGCUAUGGUGCUGUUGCACUAAGAAUGAAACGUGACCCGUUGCAUUUAAAAGCCGCUGGGAGUGAAUUUCCUUUGAUUUUGGGCCGCGAUGUGUCUGGUGUCAUCAUGGAAACUGGACUGGAUGUAUCUUAUUUCAAACCUGGAGAUGAGGUGUGGGCAGCAGUUCCACCGUGGAAACAGGGAACAUUAGCAGAAUUUGUGGUGGCAAGUGCGAAUGAGGUAGCCCACAAGCCAAAAGCCCUCAGUCACAGCCAAGCUGCAGCUUUACCCUACGUGGCUCUGACGACGUGGUCGGCCCUGGUGAACACUGGAGGACUGAGCAAAGACAACUGCAGAGGGAAACGGGUUUUGAUUCUUGGAGGAUCAGGAGGAAUUGGUACCUUUGCUAUUCAGCUUUUGAAAGCCUGGGGAGCCCAUGUGACCACUACCUGCUCAGCAGAUGCUUUCUCAUUCUUAAAAGAUUUGGGUGCAGAUCACGUCAUCGAUUAUCAAGCUCAGAGUGUGGAGAAGCAGCUCGAGGAUCAGGAACUAUUUGACUUUAUCUUGGAUAACGUGGGUGGACGUACAGAGGACUGGGCACUGAACCUGCUGAAGCCAUGGUCAGGAGCUACGUACGUAACGUUAGUGACGCCGUUCAUGCUCAAUGUUGAUCGACUCGGAAUCGCUGAUGGAAUGUUUCGAUCAGGGGCCACCGUAGGCAGCAAAGUCCUAAAGCAUCUGAGCAAAGGCGUUCACUACCGCUGGGCCUUAUUUGCUCCAAGUGGUCCAUCUCUGGAUGAAAUAACGGAACUUGUAGAAGAAAGAAAGAUCCGACCAGUUGUUGAGCAGAUUUUCCCAUUUUCUGAGGUUCCCCAGGCUUUCCUGAAAAUGGAAGGAGGUCACGCAAGAGGGAAGACUGUAAUCAACAGGCGUGGAGAAUGAUUGAGCUCAGCUGCUAAUCUGUA